AUGAACCAACCAGGACAACAAACUACGAGUGCUGGAGGUGGUGGUAACUUCAUACCUGCACCGCGGCAGGAUAUGGAAUAUAUUUGCGCAGAUUGUGGCGCCAAAAAUGAAAUAAAGUCUAGGGAACCCAUACGUUGUCGCGAGUGUGGUCACCGUAUCAUGUACAAGAAACGAACAAAGCGGAUGGUUCAGUUUGAAGCCCGGUGA